CGAACUGAACGAAAAAUGGACCCAACCUCGACAUGACAAAUAUGCCGCUCUGCCAUUUUGAUCUAGCUCCCAGUGGCAUACACAACGUUCUCGUAACUCUUAAUAAACGUUACAAUGUCGGGAGGUUUGGAUAUAUUAUCCCUUAAAGAGGAAGAUGUCACCAAGAUGUUGGCCGCCACCACUCAUUUAGGUAGUGAAAAUGUCAACUACCAAAUGGAACAAUACGUUUUCAAACGUCGUCCCGAUGGUGUUAACAUCAUUAAUUUGGGUAAAACCUGGGAGAAAUUAAUGUUGGCUGCACGUGCUAUUGCUGCCAUUGAAUAUCCACAAGAUGUCUACGUCAUUUCAUCUCGUCCAUUGGGUCAACGUGCUGUCCUCAAGUUCGCCAAAUACACCGACACCGUUCCAAUUGCUGGUCGUUUCACUCCCGGUGCAUUUACCAAUCAAAUUCAGGCUGCUUUCCGUGAGCCACGUUUGUUGGUUGUCACUGAUCCAUCAACUGAUCAUCAACCCAUUAUUGAAGCUUCUUAUGUCAAUAUUCCCGUUAUUGCUUUUGUCAACACUGACAGUCCAUUGCGUUAUGUUGAUAUUGCAAUUCCAUGCAAUAACAAGUCUCCACAUUCGAUUGGUUUGAUGUGGUGGUUCUUGGCUCGUGAGGUUUUGCGUCUUCGUGGAACAAUUUCCCGCCAAUCUGAAUGGGGUGUUGUUGUUGAUUUGUUCUUCUAUCGUGAUCCAGAGGAGACAGAGAAGGAAGAAGCUGCAGCUAAGGAAUUGUUGCCAGCACCAGUUAAGGUUGAUGAGGUUUUGGAUCAUCCAGUUGAAGAGACCAAUAACUGGGCCGAUGAGGUGGUUGCUGCUGAAACUGCAAUUGCUUCGACAGCUGGUGCCGAAGAUUGGGCCGAUGAUAAUGUCAAGACUUCAUGGGGUGGUGAUGGAAACUUCUAAACAAAGAACGUAGUAAUACGUUGAUCUUCGUUUCCAAACAAACAUACAUUUUUACACUGAAAUAAAAGCAUUUCUUAGUAAACUUAAA